ACACAAAGUGUGAAAGACAUUUCCUUUUUUUAGUUUAAAUUUCGUUUAAUCCCGUUUGUUAUAAAAUGGCUUUGCUUGUGGGACAUUUAUCAUGAAGUGUACAAAUUUGCAAGAGAAGAAACAAAGAGAGAGCUGUUGUCUGGUGUUGAGUAGUUGUGGAGUGAAAGUUGAAUAGAAACUUAUCAUUUGCUUUGAUUUGAGGGAUCAUGUUGCCAAUGGAGUUGUCUUCUGUGUAUUUAGGUUGCAGUGAUGCAGCUGGAAUUGCUGGUAAUAUUUUUGCAUUUGUGUUGUUUGUCUCACCGAUACCAACAUUUAAGAGAAUCAUCAGAAACAAGUCAACGGAACAAUUUUCAGGAUUGCCUUACAUAUAUGCCUUUCUGAAUUGCUUGAUAUGCCUCUGGUAUGGCAUGCCUGUUGUUAAGACUGGGAUCAUAUUGGUGGCUACAGUCAAUUCAUUUGGAGCAGUUUUCCAGUUGAUCUACAUAAGCAUAUACAUCGCUCAUGCUGAAAAAGAAAUUAAGGUGAGGAUGCUGGGAUUGUUACUGGUAGUUCUUGCUAUUUUUGGAUUGAUAGUCUUUGUGAGCUUAAGAGUUUUAGACUAUGAUGAAAGGCAAACAUUUGUCGGAUAUUUGAGUGUUGUUUCACUUAUCUCAAUGUUCGCUUCACCACUGUUUAUCAUAAAAUUGGUGAUCAAAACAAGGAGCGUCGAGUUCAUGCCAUUCUAUCUUUCACUUGCAACCUUCUUGAUGAGCUUCUCUUUCGCUGCAUACGGAUUGUUCAAGGAAGAUCCAUUCCUAUAUGUUCCAAAUGGUAUUGGAACAAUUUUGGCUAUUGUUCAGUUGGCUUUGUACUUAUACUACAACAGUAUAUCUAAAAAGGACUUGAGAGAACCCCUGAUUACAUAUGUCUGAACAAACUCGAAUGAGGUGCUCAUUUGCUAAAGGCGACAUUUGUACCUGUCUAGGAAGUGGUUUCAAUCGAGAUCCCAUAUCUGGAAAGAGAAGCAACACUAAAUAAGAUGCUUCACCUUAACAGAAAAAAAAGAACAUGGGGAAAAAAAUCAUUUUCCACUCCGUUCUUGGCCAGUAAGAAUUAGGUGAAAAGUAGUACCAGAUUUUGUAAGUAUUUUA